AUGAUAGACAGUGACAGCUCAUCCAUCAUGUCAGAGAUUGCUCGCCACUCAGGGCCAAAUCACCACCGACGCCCACAGGAUUACAGCCUCCUUCCGCCCACCCGCGAUGAGGACCUGCCGGGGGACCUGCAGUCGCUGUCGUGGCUCACCGCCGUGGACGUGCCCCGGCUGCAGCAGAUGGCCAACGUCCGCAUGGAGCUGGGCGGCCCCGCCGGGCCACAUCCGCACCCAGGUGCCUUGGCGAGGGCUGCUGACCUGCACAUGGCCCCCACCCCGGGCCCCGCGCUCCACGCCUCGUCCAGCAUGGCCCCGCGAGGCCUGCUGGGUCUCGGCCCCAUAGGCAGCCAUGGAGCCAGCCACCUGAGCCAGCUCCCAGCAGGGGGCCAGCCAGCCCCAAGCCUUCAGGACCCCCCAUCGCUGUACACGCCCGCCACGCAGCUCCCCUUCCCCCUUCCCACGGCGGCUCAGCAGUAUCAUCCCAUGGGCCUCUAUGGUUCCCCAUUUGCGGCCCGGCCUCCAUACCCCCAGACCCCCAUGGCAGCAAGUUCAUCUCCAGAACUGCACCCCAAACAUUACCCCAAGCCCAUCUACUCCUACAGCUGUCUGAUCGCUAUGGCCCUGAAGAGCAGCAAGACGGGCAGCCUGCCCGUGAGUGAGAUCUACAGCUUUAUGAAAGAGCACUUCCCCUACUUCAAGACCGCCCCGGACGGCUGGAAGAACUCGGUGCGGCACAACCUGUCCCUGAACAAGUGCUUCGAGAAGGUGGAGAGCAAGCUGAGCGGCUCCUCGCGCAAGGGCUGCCUGUGGGCCCUCAACCUGGCGCGCAUCGACAAGAUGGAGGAGGAGAUGCACAAGUGGAAGAGGAAGGACCUGGCGGCCAUCCACCGCAGCAUGGCCAACCCGGAGGAGCUGGACAAACUCAUCUCCGACCGGCCCGAAAACUGCCGGCGUCCUGGCAAAGCCGGGGAGCCCGAGGCCCCCGUGCUGACUCACGCCACCACGGUGGCCGUGGCCCGCAGCUGCCUGGCCGUCCCCCAGCUCCCACCCAGGACCCUGUCCCUCCACCAGCAGGUCCAGCAGCAGGCACAGCUGGCCCCAGACUCACCAGCGCCCGCCCAGACGCCGCCCCUGCAGGCCCUGGCAGCGCUGAGCCCUGGGCCUCUUCCCCAGCCCACCAUGGGCCGGGCUCCGGGGGACUUCCUCAACAUCAGCGCCGACAUGAGCACCGAAGUGGACGCCCUGGACCCCAGCAUCAUGGACUUUGCUCUGCAGGGGAACUUCUGGGAGGAGAUGAAGGACGAUGCUCUGGGGGCCUUUGGGGACUCCCCACUCGGCUGUGACCUGGGCCCCACAGCUCUGAUCCCCGGGCCUGGCUGCAGUGACCGUGCCUUCCCAGAUGUGCAGGUGACGGGCCUCUACGCCGCCUACUCCACUCCCAACGGCGCAAACCCCCCGGCGGCCCCCGCGGCCCCCCAGUACCUGGGCCCCGCAGGGAACAAACCCAUCGCCCUGCUCUGA